GAACGCCGUAUUUUCUGUUGCGUCUCGUAAGUUUCUGAUGAACUCCGCGAGUUGAUCAAUGACAAAAACCACAAAUCAUUACCUUGCAUGCACAUACAUAGGCGAAAUCGAGCUCCGCAUGUAGCAUAUGGCAAGAUCACCAUUGAUCUAGAACAUGUCGACACCUUCAAACGGUCGAGAUUUUUAACUCGGACCCUAUCGGCACUCACGUCGUUGAGCCUUGUGCAAUUGUGGUCAAACUGAUACACCAAUCAGUGGCUGUAUCGAACAUUAAUGCAAAAUCGUGAACAAAAUCCUGAAAGUUGUAAUGAGAGAAAGACCAAGUCUAAGGGGCAGAGGCACCGGGCCUAACCACAUCGGUCUAGCGCAAAGAUUCCCAUAUUUUUCUCUACAACAUGACAGGAAGUGCGCUUGUAGAUCAAAGUUGAUAUCGAUGACUUUUUGAAUUGACUUGAUCCAUCCUAUCGAUGUUUCAAUCGUCCAUCGAACAACCAUGACACAAAAAAGACUAAGAUAUGGGUUGCAAUGACGAACCGUUAUCCUGGAUCGUUUACCACGAGGAUCAGAUGCCAAAACCUCAGGAACUCCUAUUUCAUUUCUUUGUUUCCAAACUUUUCAACCUUCCAGAUCCCCAUCAUAAUGUUUAAUGUCUUUCGGGCCUCCAAACUGAUUGUAUGAUACAACAGCACGGAUGCGGAAAUUGUCCAGUAAGAAUGUGGUAACUCAUGUUUCGUUCAGAUUAAGAUCAAUGGAAAAGUCGAUAGCUUAUCAAAAUCACGGAAAGAGGCAAGACCCGAUGUUGUCAUCGAUAGUCAAGGAGGCUACAUCCGACACCCUCGGUGAUUCGAUGACAAGAUUACUCGAACAAAACGGAUUAAUGGCAAAUAUCCCACCCAACUCGCAACGAAUAUUUGUCAUGCACUGAUUAUUGACCGAGGCCGUCAGAUCACGGUGCAAGUUAUGCAUCUCUAGUUCUUUCCAUUGAAUGGAUAGGCGUUAUCAUCUCCGUUGCGCCAAUUAGAAAAAACACGAUUUGCAUCGGUCAUUGAAAGACACCGGGUUUGCUGGCUUCCGCUGGACCUUGCUCGUGACGCCGGUCCCCAACACACAUCAAACCCAACGACCAUGUUCAGAACGCGUGGCGUUGUAGUCAUCGCGCUCUUUGCUCUUUGUGUACUUCAGAAAGUUAGUUGUUGACACAUAGUUGUGUAGAUCAGGAGGGACUACCAUUCUUGCCACAAAUCAGUCUAAUUCGUCAUACUGCGCUUGUGUAUCCGACAGGAAUUAAUGGCGCGAUACGGUACAUUACCAGGUACCAAAAGAUCCAAGAGAGCAUGAGGAUGGCGGACGUUCAGAUUCAGACUGCGGGUUGAGAACAAUAAAUGAAAGAGAGAAAUUGAGUUCGUAUCCAUUCUGAUCUUGAAUGGGCAAUACAAUUAAUUUUCAAAACAGAUAUAAGCUCUUUCAUAUUAUAUAUUUGAUUGCGUCUCAAGAAUUUCUUCUCUAUUUUAUCGAGUAGAGAACAUUUCCAUUUUUUGAAUUCUAUCUGGGGCUUGAUUAUUGGUUGGGUUGCACACUUGAUCCUGAGGUGGCUGUUCCACUCCGAGACAGAUGGAUCGUGGGACAAGAAAUAUGCUGUACAUACGAGUAGAAGGUAAUGGCAUAGCACCAGUGUUGUACAUAUUUUGAAAGCAACAUCAACAACAUUUUCCUCUUUGCAAACGGUUGACGCAGUUGACCAUGGUAUUGUCAUUGGCGUCGUCAUUGACGUCAUCCUUGGCGACGUCAAAGGCAGCGUCAAGGAAUGCGUCAAAGGGGAAGCAAGGCGACUUGCUUCCAAUCCUGAUAAUUCCAGGAUUAAUGAGCAGCGGAUUGGAAAUCGAAGAAUCGAAAAUCAAACCAGAAUGGGAGGGUGAACGACUCUGGCUGAACCUCGCCUCGAUCGGAAUUUCCGCGAUGUAUUUUGGAAAGGCGCAAUUUAGAAAACCAUACGACAUCAUCGACAGCGAUGACGAGAGCGACAGCGAAGAGGAGGAAGAAGAAGUAGCCGAAGAACAUCGACAAGCAAAUUUCAAAAGUGCUUGGUUGAAACACAUAGUGCUAUCCCCCGAUAAAGAGUCAGAUCCACCCGGUGUCAAAAUCCGUCCCAUCGAUGGACUGGAGGGAGUGGCCUACUUGGCUCCCGGUGCUCUCACAAGCCAAUUGACCUAUGUUUUUGGACCUGUUAUUGAUAUCUUAAAAGAGGCCGGAUAUAAUUCGGAGGGCGGAAACACAAAUCUAAUGGCAUCUACAUACGAUUGGCGGUUGGCACCUCGCACUUUGCAAAAACGCUCCAAAUAUUUUACGCGAACAAUGGAAUCUAUUGAAAAGCUGUACUAUACCAACGGAUCGACCCCGGUGGUUCUUCUCUGCCACUCACUAGGCUGCAAAAUUGCCCAUUAUCUGUUAAACUAUGCGUUGGAUAAAAAGGGUCAAGGGUGGAUCGAUAAAUACAUUCACACAUAUAUGGUACGUGCUGCAAAGCGAUUGUAUCAUUUUGAAGAGCAUCAUUGCCGAAGGUUUUGCCACUCUUAAAGUUUACUCACGUCUUUCUUUUCUUCUACAAUACAUCCGACAAAAAGCCUGUUGGAGGUCCACACCGUGAGUCUCCGCAGCCGCACCAUGCAUUUAAUGUCCCGUCUAUGCAUGAAACGAAACUCAAUGUCCUGUUUGUCCUGUACCUUUUCCCUCACCAUUGAAUUCUCUUUCCUAUUCUUUUGCGGCAGUCGGUGCACCCAAAGCAAUGCGGGGACUCAUCUCCGGGACCAAGAUGAGUUUGGAUACGUUCUUGAGCGACGAAGAAGCCCUUUCUUUGUCUCGUUCUAUUGGCUCGGGAGCUUGGAUGAUACCCUCGGAGUUGCCAGACGGCGUUCCCGCCGCUAAUUAUAUCUCGCCACACGGUGUAUUGGAAAUAACAUUUGCCCAUGCUC